GGUGGGGCCACGCGGCGGGACGUGGGCGGCGGCUCGGAGCUGGUGCCGGGACGGUCCCCAGACAAGGACACCCGGGAGAGAAUCCGGGGGCCGGACGCCUGGGUCCCUAGGGGGCAGCCAUCCGGGGCCGCACGCCCAGGUCCUCGAGGAUAACGAGGGGGACGCAUGCCGGGCCCCUGUGCAGAAAGCGAGGGCUGAAGGGGACCAGGAAACCGGCGCCUGGGUUCUCGCAGGGAUGUGGGGGCCGAGCGACUGGGCUCUCCGGUGCGGGCUGCGAUGCAGGGGCGGAGGAAGGAGCAGGUGGCCAGCCCAGAGGGGUCGGGUAUGGGAAGGCUGGAUGCCGGGAGGGGAUCCCCCCUCCCCAGACUCGUCCCGAGCUGCUGGAAAGCCUCCUGUCCAAUGCCCCACGGGCAGUCGGGCUGUCCCAAGGGCCAGGUGGCUCUGCUUCCAAACUUCUGCCUUACCCCAGGUUGCCAGGAGCAACAGCUUCAUCUUGGGGGAGCGGAGUGCAUGACGACCCUCCCCGCUUCUGGGCCUCACUCCUCUUCCCGGAGGGUCUUCAAGAAGUCGAGCCCUAACUGCAAGCUCACCGUGUACUUGGGCAAGCGGGACUUUGUAGACCACCUGGACAGAGUGGACCCUGUAGAUGGCGUGGUGCUCGUGGACCCUGACUACUUGAAGGACCGCAAAGUGUUCGUGACCCUCACCUGCGCCUUCCGCUAUGGCCGCGAGGACCUGGACGUGCUGGGCCUGUCCUUCCGCAAAGACCUGUUCGUCGCCACCUACCAGGCCUUCCCCCCCAUGCCCAACCCGCCCCGGCCCCCCACCCGCCUUCAGGACCGGCUGCUGAGGAAGCUGGGCCAGCACGCCCACCCCUUUUUUUUCACAAUCCCCCAGAACCUGCCCUGCUCCGUCACGCUGCAGCCGGGCCCAGAGGACACGGGGAAGGCCUGUGGAGUAGACUUUGAGAUUCGAGCCUUCUGUGCCAAAUCGCUAGAAGAGAAAAGCCACAAAAGGAACUCUGUGCGGCUGGUGAUCCGAAAGGUGCAAUUUGCCCCAGAGAAACCCGGCCCCCAGCCCUCAGCAGAAACCACACGCCACUUCCUCAUGUCUGACCGGUCCCUGCACCUCGAGGCUUCCCUGGACAAGGAGCUGUACUACCACGGGGAGCCCCUGAACGUCAACGUCCACGUCACCAACAACUCCACCAAGACCAUCAAGAAGAUCAAAGUCUCUGUGAGACAGUAUGCCGACAUCUGCCUCUUCAGCACCGCCCAGUACAAGUGUCCUGUGGCUCAGAUCGAACAAGAUGACCAGGUGUCGCCCAGCUCCACGUUCUGCAAGGUAUACACCAUCACCCCGCUGCUCAGCGACAACCGGGAGAAGCGGGGUCUUGCCCUGGACGGGAAGCUCAAACACGAGGACACCAACCUGGCUUCCAGCACCAUCGUGAAGGAGGGCGCCAACAAGGAGGUGCUGGGAAUCCUGGUGUCCUACAGGGUCAAGGUGAAGCUGGUGGUGGCUCGUGGCGGGGAUGUCUCUGUGGAGCUGCCUUUUGUCCUCAUGCACCCCAAGCCCCACGAUCACAUCACCCUCCCCAGGCCCCAGACAGCUGCUCCUGAGACAGACGCCCCCGUGGACACCAACCUCAUUGAAUUCGACACCAACUACGCCACAGACGACGACAUCGUGUUCGAGGACUUCGCCCGCCUGCGGCUGAAGGGGAUGAAGGACGAGGAUUACGAGGACCAGUUCUGCUAGAGGGGGUGGAGGGGGCGGGGCCGGAGGGGGAGGGUCCCAGCCCGGCCGCCCUCCCUGCGCUCAGCACCAAGUCCUUGGCGGACCCCUCCGUCCUCCCUCGCCUGUGGCUCCCGGACACGCACUGGACCCUUCUCUUGUUGACCGUGGGCAUUACUUGUUUGACCCCAGCUGUGCCUCCACAGCCCCCCCAGCGGGUGGCUCAAACCUGCAUCUUCUGGAGGGGGUCCUGGAAAGGGGGAUGACAGUAGGGAGAAGGGGAGAGAGCUCCCACAUCCGACAUCCUCCCUCCCCCCCCCCCCCCCCCACACACACACUCUGCCUCCUUCUCCUUCACGAGGAGACCCUGGGGUGGGGGGCAAGGCCACUUCUUUGUUUCUGAGCAUAAAGAAGAAAAUAAACGUUUUAAUAGGCGCGAGUGUAUGUGCUUUCUGUGCAGCUGGUGAGGACACACAGGUGCUCGUCUGUGACUUGUGCUCGUGGCCGAGCACCCAGCCAGCCUCUCCUGUGUCCCGGCACAGUGCCGGGCACAAGGCUUGUCAACAAACGUCCCAUCGAAUGGGCUGUGACUGUGUUCCAAGGGCAACACAGAAACUGACUCGGUCAGUCCAGACUCACAGGUACCGUUUGGUAAAGCCACGAAAUACACUUAGUCAUUUGUAGGGGAAAUAGAAACUCACUUCCUGGGACGCCUGGGUGGCUCAGUCGGUCGAGCGUGACUCUUGAUUUCAGCUCAGGUCAUGAUCACAGGGUCGUGGGGUCGAGCCCCAUGUUGGGCUUGGAGCCUGCUUAAGAUUCUCUCCCUCUGCCCCUCUUCCCUGCUCACUUGCUCUCUCUAAAAUGAAAUAAAAUUUGGGGCGCCUGGGUGGCUCAGUCAGUUUAGCAUCCGAUUUCAGCUCAGGUCGGGAUCUCACAGCUCAUGGGUUCGAGCCCUGCAUUGGGCUCUGUGCUGACAGCUCAGAGCCUGGAGCCUGCUUUGGAUUCUGGGUCUCCCUCUCUCUGCCCUUCCCCCACUCAUGCGCUCUCUCUCCGUCUCUCUCUCUCUC